CUAAACAAUUUAUUAAAAAAUGUUGGUGAGAAAUAAAUACUCUAAGAAGAUUGUGAAUAUAUUUGGACAAGAUAUCAUAUUUAAAGAUACUACAAUAAGCAUCAAAUAUUUAGAGAUGAGGAAGUGAACGAAUUUAAGGAAAUAUAAGAAUUAUAGAAUAAGAAAUAGGUUAGAUUUGAUAUUGAAUAAGGUGAAAUGGAAUAAAUCAAUCAAUUUAAUAUUUUGAAAGAUAGAGUAAGAAUUGGAAAUAUGGACAAAGAGAAGAGAGAGAAAGAAAAGGCUGAAAUGGAAUAAAAGUUAUUUGAAAAUAUUGAUAAAAUUAAAGAUAUUAGUGAUAUUGACUCAUUCAAACCUCUUAAGUAUUAUUGAGUAUAAUAUAAAAGAUACAUAGUUUAAUUUGAUGAAUAAGGAAAUAUAAUGUUAGAUAAUACUGAAUUAAAAGAUGAGGAUGUUGAAAAACUAUAAGGCAAACAAUAAUAAAAUAUUUCUUUUGAAGAGUUUGCAGAUGAUGAUAUUAAAAUUAAAAAGAUUGAUGAGAAAAAGUUUAAUUAAAAAAAAUCAAGUAGUGAUUCAAGUGAUGUUCAAUCUAGUGAAUCUGAAGAUUCUGAAGAUGAUUAUUUAAUGCAAUAAAGAAAUCUUAUUAAGAGAUCAUGA